AUGGGCACGGACGCCAACGUCGACGUCAUUGUGCCGCACACCACCAACUCAUGCAGCGACGGCGGCGACGCAGAAGCAGGUGGCGGCAUCCCCAUGUGCACGCUGCACAACUUCCCACACCUCAUUGACCACUGCAUCGAGUGGGCGCGGGCCAAGUUCGCGGACCUGUUUGUGAGCCCUGCGUCGCAGCUGCAGCAGUUCUUGGAGGAUCCUGAGGGAUUCACCUCGGGGCUGGAGACGAAGUUUGAGCAGCACGUGGGCGGUGAGUGGAUUGGCGCCCUCGAACGCGGCGUGGGCACGCUCAAGGCCAUCAAGGACCUCGCCGCACAGCUGCAAGAGAAGCCGACGAUGGAGACGUGUGUGUCGCUGGCAUGGCGCGACUUCCACGCGUUUUUCCGCGAUGUCAUUCUGCAACUCAUCGCCAACUUCCCCCGCAAAGACCAAGAGUGGAGAGCCCUUCUGGUCAGAUCUUCCGCGAGGCGCUCGAGUUUGAUCCAGCAGAAUCCGCUGCACAAGGCGUUUCUGAUUGCCGCCACCAACCUCUACGCAUGCGUCUGCAAGGUGCACCCUACCAAGUACCCAAGCGAGGAGAACAAGCUCCACACCAAGCGGCCUCCUGGCAGCUGUCCUUCUGAGCAGGGCGGCUACUCCUACGUCAACACCAGUCCCGAUGGCCGCCUGCUGGUGGCUGAGUCGUUUGUGUGGGACAUGCACAGGCUGGCGUGCAAGCAGCGCGUGCCCGUCACAGCAACCGACAUGGUGUGGACCAAGGACGGCAGGCACCUCAUCUGCCCCUCUUAUUCCCGCGUGAACAUCUGCGGCCUCGGUGCACAUGAGGCUGAACGCACCCUCAUCUUCGAGGAUCCUUUCCCUGGCGCUGAGCUUGCAUGCACUGCCGUGUCCGAUGGCGUCAUCGAGAGGUGGCAGAAGCUUGGUCAGCCAUCGACCCUGCUUGCAGAGUGGAGGGCCGAUGCUGUCGGUAAUGGCGAGGAGACGAUACAAGACGCGGACGGAGAAGCAGCGAGAGGGCAACAACACAACAUGAAGGGACAGCAGCAGUGGCGCCAACAACAACAGCAGAAGCAGCAGCGGCAACAACAACGACAUGCGCCCGUUUGUGUUGGUCGUGCGACGUUGGCACAACCCAAAGAGGUCACGGGCGUUCGUGUUCCGCACAUUGCAGCGCUUGCGGACAGCAGCAACAAGCUUGCUAGCGCGUGCGGAAACACACUGCACGUCUACGUCAUUGAACACCGGAAGCAUGACGACCACCAGCAGGAUCACCAGCAACAACAGCAGCGGCAGCAGCAACAGCAGCAGCACGUAAACGGCAGCAGUAGUGGUGUGAGCAGUGCGCUGACGCGUGUGGCGGUGUUGGAUGACUUGUUUGUGGACGAGGUAGAGCCAAACGCCAACAUGACCGUCACUACCAUGGCCACGCACCCAACUGAUGACAGCCUGCUGGCGAUUGGCACUGCGCGAGGCGAUGUGGUUGUGUGCGACGUCGCCAACCGCAAGGUCCUCAGCAAGCUCAAGGUGAGCAGAAACGUUCCGGUCAAGUACAGCGUCUUUGCCCGUCACAGCAGCAUCUUGUUCGUCAACUCUGUUGAGAGCGUGAUCAAGUGCGACUACAGCACCGGACAGCACAGUACCAUACUGCAUCGCAAUGACAGAGCAGAUGACAUGGCCAUGUGCGAUCACCAGCGCCUGCUUACUGUUUCAAGCAGCGUUUCGCGAGGCAGGGUUGCCCUGUGGGCGCUGGGACCGACCCUGAACCGCGCCAUGAUCCCCACACAGCAGUUUGACCUGCACCAUCUCCGCCCAACGACAGACCCCAGAUGCCGCCCCUACGCCAUUGUGCCCAUUGUUGUUCCACCAGCAACACCUCCCGCAGAUGCGCACAAACUCGAUGACUACAUAUCACUGCAUUGCCGUACCUGA